AUGCGUCAAGCAGAUGAAAGUUACGUCGAAAUGGAGGAAUUGCUCGAAAAAUCGGGGCAAUUCAUCGCUGAGCAGUUGGGGGUUGAAGACGCAUACAUCACUGCUGGGUGCUAUGCCGCACUCGUCUUAGCAUCGGCAACAGUAAUGACCGGAAGCGAUCCUGACAAGUGUGCACAACUUCCAGAUACCACCGGACUAAAGGACGAAAUCGUUUUUCAGAAGAUGCAGCACUACGGCUAUGAUCGUGCGUUUACGAUUCCAGGAAGUAAACUCAUAUCUGUAGGAGACGAAAACGGCUGCACCGCUGAGACGUUGAACGAUGCAAUCGGUGAAAACACAGCCGCAGUCGCAUAUCUUAUCCAACCCGAUCAGGGCAACGCCGUCCCGUUAGCGGAAGCGGUUGGGAUUGCGCACUCACACAAUCUGCCACUCAUCGCCGAUGCCGCCUCUCAAAUCUAUCCGCUUGAUUACUUCCGGCGGAACGCACAGUCUGCGGAUCUCGUCUGUUUCGGUGGUAAGUAUUUCAAUGCACCUCACUCUACAGGAUUCGUUUGUGGCAGAAAGGAUCUCAUUGAAACAGUACGAACCCAUGGUUUCAUUGGACCGAGACCCGUUGGGCGCGGUAUGAAAGUAGACCGGCAGGAGAUUAUCGGAUUGGUGACCGCUAUCGACAUCUGGUUGUCAACGAACCACGAGGUGCGGUCAAAGGAACAGGAUGGGAGAUACGCUGUCCUCGCAGAGGGUCUUGAGAAUCUUGACGGUGUAUCGUGCGAAGUCCACUACCAAGAGAAAAGCCAUACACUGUCGAAUCUACAUGUUGCGUUUGAUACUGCCAUUAGUGGCAAAGAUGCCGCGCAGGUCGCACAGGAAUUGGAUGUUGGCACCCCACGUAUCAAGGUGAAUACGCACGGUAAAGAAACCAUCGUGAUUAGUGCCUACACCCUCAAUGCAGGAGAAGAGGAUAUCAUCGCAAACGCCUUGCGACAUCUCUUGCGUGGAUAG